GAUCACUUUGAUGCAUUCUUCAUAAUGUUUUGUUGACUUUUAUAUGGGUUUUCAUUCGAUAACCAUAUUUUGAAUGUAAACAAGAAGAACUGAAAACGAUGAUAAUAUCAGACUGAAAAUACAGUUUUAAUUUUUAAUGAAUAAGUCGUAACCGGAUGACUCAGAAUAUCUGUGAGAUGUGGAGCGAAAUACAGUUAUGAAUAUGGAAUCAAUUUUCUGAAUAAGUUAGUUCUCGGAGAUAAAUGUGUUUCGGAGAAAGUGAAAUUCACAUUAGUGUGAGGAUAUGAGUGUGUGGCUUUGAUGGAUAUCUCGAUCCUUUAUCGGUUAUAAUGGAAAAGAAGGUAUUGAUAUGAAGUGACGUUGAGCUUAAGCAAUUGUGGCCAGCGAGCCAAGCGGUGACGAUGGAACGAAAAGGCAAGCAUGUGAGCAUACGCGUCAUCUUUCUUGAUGACCAGGUCCACGCUUUCCAGAUACAUGUAAAGGCUUUAGGUCAGGCGUUAUGGGAUGCGGUGGCGCGCUAUCUUAACCUUCUGGAGGCGGACUACUUUGACCUGGAGUACCUGGAUCUCCGCAGCAUUUUGACGUGGUUGGACCGAGAGAAGCAGGUCCUAAAGCAGCUACCAUCAGCAGACACCCCGCUAUAUUUCCUUGUCAAGUUUUACACUCCUGACCCUGCACUUUUGGAAGAUGAACUCACAAGAUAUCUAUAUGCCCUGCAGGUGAAAAAAGAUCUGGCGAAAGGUGUUCUUACAUGUAGUGACAAUACCAUGGCAUUGCUGGCCUCUUACAUUGCUCAAGCUGAGGUUGGCGAUUUCCCAAUAGAAGAAUAUGUGGACCACACAUAUCUCCGUGAUAACGAACUACAUUACCUGCCUAGACAGACUGAAGAACUUGAACGUAAAAUCAUGGAGUACCACAAACAACAUGUAGGUGAGACCCCAUCAGAGGCUGAUAUAAACCUGCUGGACACAGCCAGGAAAGUCGAGCUUUACGGAAUCCGCAUGGUCCCAGCUAAAGACCAUGAAAACGUAUCUCUGAACCUCGCCAUUUCUCAUUGCGGCAUUCUCGUGUUCCAAGGAAUGACCAAAAUCAACACAUUCUCGUGGGCGAAGGUGCGCAAACUAAGCUUCAAGAGAAAAAGAUUCCUCGUCAAGCUACACCCAGAUCAUAAUGGCUACUACAAGGAUCUUGUUGAGUUUUUCUUUGAUUCCCGAGACGAGUGUAAGACAUUCUGGAAGAAGUGUAUUGAGCAUCACGGGUUUUUCCGGUGUCAACGGGUGAAAAAACUUCCCCGCAACAAAACUCGUGUCGUCAGUCGAGGGUCUUCAUUCAGGUACAGUGGUCGAACCCAAAGGCAGCUAUCGGAGUAUGUGAGGGAAAGCUUUACAGGCAAAAGACCGCAGUUUGAAAGGACGGUAAGUGGGCGCAUCUCUAGUCGAAGUUCAAGCGUCACCCCUAAGAUUUCUGCCAAGAUGUCGUCGCACAAUUCCGCUGAUCUCCACAACACGUCAGCAUCCAGUGGUUCGCACGUUCUUGACCAAUCACUGGCCAGCAACCAGCACGUGGUUAGCGAAAAGGGUGAUCACACAGACGGACGAAGUGAAAGUUCAGGCAGUCACUCUCUGCACUCUCCCAAGCUGGACAGAGCUGACCGAACACUCAGUGAGGAGAUGGUGCCUGUUGCCGGGGGUGCCAUGUUGGUUGGCAACACAGUCGCAGUGGUAACAGUAGAGGAUAACAAAGACAUGGAUCAAGAUGCCAAUAAACUUUCUCCAAGGCAAGCAAAUCUUGGAUCGCGUAAAACGUCGGCGCCUGUUCUUGGUGAUCACCAUGGUGACCACCGUGGGGAGAUGGCAUCUCGGAAACUUUCCCGAACAGAGGAGUUGGAGAACAUUCCGGACACUGUUGUCCAAGAUGAUGAGGAUAAUGACGACGGUCAACUCUCGAUGCACACACAGGAACAUCAGAAUGCUGGCUUAAUGAAUGGUCAUCAUUCGAAAACGACACCGAUUAUAACAACGGACAUCGAUGCCGAGGAAGACGAGGUCUAUAGCCAUGAGGUGCUAGACGUUGAAAAUGUUGACAUCAAAAAUGAAACAAACAGUAAUCAAGAUGAAGAUAGACACCAACGUGUGAUAUUCUAUACUUCAGCUCCAGUUACCCAGAAUGCCCCAGUGCCACAGAGGGCUGAGCUAGUCGAGGUGAAGGAGUCUACCAUCGAGAUGUCAGGGGACUACUAUCCUCCACCACCCCCUCCCCUACCCCUGGAGCACGACACGAGUCUGGAGCUUUCGCUUAUGGACAACGGCUCUGGGUCAGCUCAUUCUACCCCUCAGAUCGACAUGAGGUCAAAUGUGAGUGGUAUCACCAGCAACAUAAGCACGCUAUCAGAGACGCGAUCAGAUGACUCCGGUGGCGAUAAACGCAAGAGCAAGAAGUACCCAGUGGACAAAGCCUAUUACAUUGCCAAGGAAUUGCUGAUGACAGAACGCACGUACAAGAAGGAUCUUGAAGUCAUCAUUGUGUGGUUUAAAAAUGCUGUAAAGGGUGAUGAUGUGCCACCGUUUCUCAACGACCUAUUUUCCCUGCUGGAACCGAUCUACAAUUUCCACUUGGGAUUUCUCCGCGAGGUUGAACAAAGGCUCACAAUGUGGGAGGGGAAAUCUAAUGCCCAUCUUAACGGUGACUACCAGCGUAUUGGGGACAUCAUGGUCAACUCUUUCCUGACUUCACUUGGGCCCUACAUGAACUACCUAGAACAUCAGGAUGAUAUUUUGAUGGAGCUGGAUAAAGCCAUGCGCACCAAUCGAGACUUUGACUUUGUCUACAAGGAGUUUGAGUCACAGAAAGUGUGUUAUCUGCCCCUGAAUACUUUCCUUCUGAAACCAGGACAGAGGCUUCUACAUUACAAACUCCUGCUUGAGCGUCUUACGCGGCACUAUUCCAAGGCUCACCCAGACUACAUGGAUUGCCAUGCUACCCUUACCAAGUUGGUUGAGCUUGCUCAAACUUACCGCUCUCAGAGAAAAGGCAUGGAGAACCUUCAGAAACUAAUGGAGCUCCAGCGUGAUCUGGUCGGCCUUGAAAACCUUGUCCAUCCUGACAGGGAGUUUAUCCGAGAAGGGUGUCUACAGAAGUUUUCCAGGAAAGGCUACCAGCAGAGAAUGUUCUUCCUGUUCACGGAUAUGCUGGUGUACACUAGUAGGACAGCCACACAACACAUGCAGUUCAAGGUUCAUGGACAGGUUCCUCUGCGUGGAAUGAUUAUUGAGGAGUCAGACCACGCCAAGAUGGCUGAUGCCAACAGUUUUGCCAUAUAUGGGGGAAACAAGUGCAUUCUGGUAGCUGCCAGCUCCCAGGAGGAAAAAGACAAGUGGGUAGAGGACCUGAAUGAGUCAAUAGCCGGGGCCAAGUCCCGCCAGGAGGAGAGAAUGUCAUACCCCAGCCUCAAGUCUUCAACUAGUUCGGUAGAUGAUGGGGAAGCACCCCCAUCUCUGGAGAAGCAGAUUCAGCACCGUGCCAAUACCACAAUGCAUGUCUGCUGGCACCGUAACACGUCUGUCAGCAGACGAGACCAUGAGAAGGCUGUCAAGAAUCAGUUGAGUGGAUACCUGCUGCGUAAGUUCAACAAUAGCAACGGCUGGCAAAAACUGUGGGUCGUCUUCACGAACUUCUGCCUUUACUUCUAUAAAACAUAUCAGGACGAUUUCCCACUGGCCAGUCUGCCAUUGCUAGGUUAUGCUGUCAGCCAAUCAGAAGAUGAGGAUGCCAUUCACAAAGACAAUGUGUUUAAACUCCAGUUUAAAAACCAUGUGUACUUCUUCCGCGCAGAGAGCCAGUACACUUUUGAAAGGUGGAUGGAGGUGAUCAAUAGUGCUACAAGCUCGGCCAGGCGGACAAGACUCUUCAGCAGAAUGGACAGUACUCAGCCUUGAUUGGUUAAUAAAAAGGGACUAUUUAUAGUAACAGAAAUAACCCAACAAUGAUUGGAUGCUACCAUGGAUUAUUUAUAGUAACAGGAUCUAUCCAGGUCUUAUUCGAUGCUAACAUGUAUUAUUUAUAGUAACAUAAAUUGCCCAACACUGAUUGGACGCUACCAUGGAUUAUUUAUAGUAACAGGAUCUACCCAGGUCUGAUUGGACCAUUUGUCAUAUUAAGAAUAGAAUAUCCCAGAUUUCAGAGGAUAAUAAAUUUGCAUAUCUGCUAAUUGGGGCAAGUUGCAGUGCCAAAAUUGGAAACAUGGUGUGAAUUUAUUUGUAGGAAUUGUAAUUUUAUCAUCAAACCAGAAAUACCAAGUGUGUUUGAUGACCUUUUUUUUGAACUCUCAUUAGAUAAACAUUGUGCAACUUAAAGUUACAGUAUUCAAAAUGUUAACAGGGAAUCUCCUUUUAAUGUUUAUAACAGUAUACAUGUACAUAUGUACUGAAUACAUUAUAUAACAUUGCCUAAUUGAAGAUGAUUUAUAGAAAUAUGAGUAAUGAUUUCAAAGUGGCGAUUCCCUUAAGGUGUAAUAGAAACGGGAGCUCAUACAUUUUGAAAGGGGGUGGAUAUUGUGAUAACUAGAUUAGAUGAUGAAACUUCUGCUUCUGGUGUAUACAAGCAUUGUUCAAUGUAUUGUGUCCAUAAGUAUACAUGCAUGAGUGAUUUGAUCAAAUAUGUGUACAUGUAUCUUGAAAGCGAUUUCAGCGGUUGUAUUUCUGGUUGACAUUAAGAUUGUGUGAUCUAUUUGACACAAAAACUUUUCCAUACAUGUAUAUCUGUCGUAAAUGAAUUUCAGGAAGAUUUUACAUGUAUAGACCCUAAAUAUGCAAUAUUUUAAACAUAUUUAACUAUUGUAUUAUGAGAUAUACUUGUAACAAUAUUUUAAAUUAUUUAUCAGUGUAUUUGAUAAGGGCAUUACAAAUUGUUUUGUUUGAAGUUUCUGGAGUUGCCCUAAAAAGAAUUGCCAACAGAGAAACAAAUUAUUGCCCUAUUUUAUUAGUAGUGAGACCAGAAACAAACAAUAUUUUUUUAUGGCCUAAGUAGAAAAUAAAAUUUGUUAACAUCCCUUUGAAUAUACAAAAUGAUUUAAGCUAAUUAUUUGAUAUACAACUUAAUGUACAUAGUUUGCAAGGUAUUAUGAAAUAUUAGUCAGACUUUUUAUUACGGAUUUUUACAUGAUCUCAAAUGUUUGGCAUAUGUUUGAGAUUGAGCAUUGCCUGCAAGAAUGAACUAACUACUCAUUACAGUCAGGUAGUUACUUCAGUUUUGCAUGUAAACCUUGAGAUACAGCUUUUCUGCUUUAAGUGUUCCAUGUUUUUACAUUUUCUGAUUUCAUUUAACGCCUUUGUGUGAAAUAAGACUUUGGUCCGAUUGUUCAGAACUUUGUUAAAGUUGACAACGUGAUUAACGACAUUGUUGUUAACUUUUAAACAUGAAAUGUUUGAUGAUACGCUCACAUAUUUUAAUAUAUUUACACCUCAACUUCCAUUCCUUAAAUGAACUGCCUUUCAGCAAUUGCGUUCAUCAAUCGAUGAACGCAACAUCUUCGGAUAUGUUUGGAUCGCAAUUCAUCGCAUAACAAUAUACUUGAAAACUAUUGAUCUUGUUAUUGUUUGUAUCGUGUCAGCAGGUCCCGUAAAAUAUCAAUCAACAUUUUAGAAAGUGUUAAUUUAUUAUAUUUUAAAUGUAUUGUUGCCAUAAGUGUUUAAAUUUUACGUUUAAAAGUGAUUUCAAGUGGUUGAUCUUUUCCCGCGUUAUUGUGAAGUCAUUUGAAAAAAAAUGUUUCCGGUUACAGUCAGGUCGUUCUAUUUACAGAAUGGGAAAGAAAGGAUUAAUGAAAGGUUUUCUUCAAUGAAAUGAAGUAUUUUUUAACAAUUCUUGAAUGAAAUAAGGAAAUAUUGGUGUAAAUAUAAGAAAUGAAUUGCGGGAUUGAUGUCAUUAUCGGGGAUAUGAACGCAGUUGGGCUGGUCAAAGUAUGCGUGGAGUCCACACACUUUGACCAGCCCAAUUGCGUUCAUACCUCGAUAAUGACAUCAACGGACUCCACACACUUUGACCAGCCCAAUUGCGUUCAUGCCCCGAUAAUGACAUCAACCCCGCAAUUCAUUCCUUAAAUGAACAAGCACAGCUAAAACAGUUAUCUCAAACCAUGUUAGAAACACAGGCCACAAAUUCUCGAAAGUCACUUAUAACAGGAUCAAGCUCAGCUUGCUAUUUUUGAUUUGGUAUAAAUUGUGUAAUAUUCUCUUUUUAAAGUAUUUUGAGACUUUUAAAGGAAAUUCAAAUCAAGAUAAACUACUUGCUGUUUCAUUAAAGCAUAUUCAUGUGAGUAAUAUUGCUAAAUAAAAUAAAAUACUUAAGUGAGUUACGCUAUAGAAUUUUCAAGUAAUUGGGGCGAGAUCUCCAGUGUAUCCAUUAAACUUCCAGAGCAGUAACUAUUCGGAAAUAUACAAUGGUGAAGUUAACAAUGUUGAUAAUUUUAAUGAAGUUCUGAAAAAUCAGCCCUUUAUUGCUAGCCAUAUCAGUGUGUGUAUACCACGUGAUAAAUUACGUCAUAUAUGCUACGUCGGAAGGCAAAAAAUUGCUUAAAAUGAAGACUUAAAUCAAAGAUAACUUUUCAUUUACAAAAGCAUUUUAAAUGAAACAAAGGGCAGUCUAUGCCACUUAAAGAGCCCCGCAUUUGUUUUAUUUUCGAAAUUUUAUAAGGUCAUUUGUCUCAUCAAACACUUCGACAAACAUGUUUCCAAAAUAAUGUUUUGACAGUGCUCCGUCAGACGGCCGUAUUGUGAAAAGGUUUGUCGAAGUGUUUUAAGAAACUAAACUCGCAAUCAAAUUCUGGUAAAAGACAGAAGGUAGGGCUCCGUAAGCGGCGUAGACUGCGCUAUGUUUCAUGUAAAAUGGUGAAGAAAUCAUGAAGUUAUCUUAGUUUAAAGUCUUUUAUCAAAUCAAAAUAUUGCCUUCCGACGUAGCAUUUAUGACGCAAUUUAUCACGUGGUAUACACACACUGCAUAUGUGUUGUUUUGGUUUUAAUUAACACAAAGUGCUUUGUUUUUAGUAUCGAUAAAAUAAUUGUUCAUCUGCAAAACAGUACUUAUGACCUAAUUAAUAAAUAAGGCAUUGAUAUUCACUUUAUUUUGAAAAUAGGUUUUAAAGAAAUACCAUGUAAUUGUUGGUUACAAAAUAGCUGUUUAUAUCACUGGUUUUAUAAAAUAAUAAAUAUAUCACUUGAUGUAUGACAAUAUCACCUGUUUAAUGAAUUGGCUUUGACGCCACAUGGUAGCUAACAGCAGCAACAUUUGAAAUUUGUAAAUACCUAUACAUUGACCCAUAUUGACUUAAACGAAAACUACACACGGCUGGUACUCACUUACUUCACAAGGCAGAAUUUGAGACUUAUUACUCAUAAACUUGAAUUUUUAACAUAAUAUCCUUGACAAAAGGAGAGUAUAUAAAACUAAAGGAAGUAUUAAAUAAUGUUUACAGCAAUUUUUUAACAUCAACUGUUUUCUUAUCAUUAUUUUACUUAAAUGGAAAAUCAAGAUUAGCAGUUUUGAGUCUUAAGUCUGAAACUCAGACUCAAGGCGCUAGUGAAUACCAACUGUGAUUCUAUUUCCGUGUUUAUUUUAGUCUAUAUCAUAUUUUAUAUAAAGUUUUACGGUACUCUUCCAUUCCAGCUGUAGAUAUAAAAAAUAAUUAUAUUGCUAUGUAUAUAACUUAAGUAUUUUAUAUUGCUUCACUUUUUUGACUGUCCUUUAUACAGUAUAAACAUUUAAGUUAUCACUAGACAUUUAGUAGUAAAAAAUUGUGUACAUGUACAUGUCUUUUUGGUAUUUGCUGCAAGGCAUAUACGCACAUACAUUUAUAUCUUACUUUUUCAUUUAUAUCUUACUUUUUCUUAAUUUAAUGUUUUAAAGCUGCACUUUCACAGAUUGACUGUUUUGACAAGAUUAUUUUUUUGUCUGGGAACGAGUCAUUUUUUGCGUUAAUGUUGAAUACUAGUGAUAUAAGACUGUUGACAAAAGAUCAGAUCGUAGUUUUUCAUAUUUAUGUUCAAAAAUUGAUGUUUUAUGUCUAAAAGUGUUACUAACGCUUAAGAAAAAUGAGUUUUUCGGCAGUUUUCCACACAAUUGAGAUCUGUUCUUUAGUGAGUUAUCUUAUAUGACUGAAUUGAACGCAUUGAUGACAAAAUCAGCUGAUUCUGAGACAAAAAAAUAAUAAAAAAUGUAAAAACAGUCAAUAUGUGAGAGUGCAGCUUUAAUACUUAUAUAUGGGCGCGAUUGCAUAGGUGGUUUGCUCUUUACCGUUCGGUACUUAACUUCUAUUCAAUGGUAUAAUGUUAUAUAAUUUCCCAUGGCGAUAAAUUAGUUAUGUCACGAAAAGAGCUUUUGCGUACAAAAUUUCCAUAAAAAAUAAUGGUUAAAAGCAUAUAGACUUUUUGUAGGCAUGGUUAAACUUACUUUAAUUCUAUUGGUUGUUAUUUCUUUUCUUACCGGAAAGCACUUUUGGAAAGAGGCUCAUUGCUUAAGCUUAUCUGUAGUUCUUCUUAAUAGCACUCUGCUUUUGCAGCAACUUGGCCUAGAUUUUAAGCUCAAAACUGGUUACAUUAUUUACAUUGCAUUAACCACCCAUCUUUCCUUAUUUUCAAGCCAUUGGUGAUUGAUACGCGCUCAAAAACUCAUAGUUGGAGCCAUUUUAGGAAAUGCAGUAAAUAUUUUAGCUUAUACAAUUUUGAUCGCCAAAAAAGUGUACAGUUUAUAAUUGCUAUUUCUAUGAUAAAAAAAAAGAUAAAAAAAUGUUUCAUCAUGUUAACCAUACCGGUAGUUGCACAUCAAAUUUGUCUUCUUAUAAAUGGAUAUUAUCGAUAUUUUAAAGAACUCACCAUAUGUGAUAUUCAAGUGGCAAAUCUAAGAAAAUCGUAGUAGUCAAGAAACAUAAGCAUUUCUUGUACCAUAUUUGAGUGUUUUCCUUGUUUUUAUCUAAACAUGAACUCCCAUAUCAGAAUGGUAACAAGUAGGCGGAGCUUAACCGUUCAAUAACUCUUAUGCAGAUAAAUGACCAUAUUCACUUAUACCGCACACUAGUUAUUAACAAUAUAUUUGACAACAUGGUAUAAAACACCCGCAACCCUUGCGAUUGAAAACUUAACAAUUGCGUUGAAACGCUAAUAUUUAAUUUCAUUAACUUGUAGGUGCAGUAACUAUUACAGUAUUUACAUAGAAGAAAAGACUAACGUAUAAACUAUUGCAGAAAACAUGGAGUAUUGCCAAGCUUGGUGCCUGUGUGUUAAUUACAAAUUUUAUAUUGCAGAAUGUCCUUGUGUAAGAACAUUGUAUUUCUUCGUUUAAUUAUCAAAUUUUGGGCCGAUUGUUCAGAACUUUCUUUAAGUUGACGUCGUUGUUAACUUCAUUGUUGUUAACUUUCGAAUUCUUAACUGCUCUGGAAGAUCACACUUGUGAUCUGCAGGUAUUUCUUAUCAGAUUUGAGCAAAUUGUUUGAGCUGUAAUAUAUGGACACAUCAUCAAACAUUUCAACUUUAACCCUUAGGCUGCUGAUGGCCAUUUUAAAGGCUUUGCAAACAGCUUGGAACCAGACCAGACACCGAGUAACUCGGCACCUGGUCAGGUUCCAAGCUGUUUGCCACUUAGUCAAUAUAUACCCAAAGUUUUAAGUAAAAUGAAAGAAAUUUGGAAUAAACCAGACGACAUUUUUGAGCAGACGACAAUUUACCCAGCAUGCAAAGGGUUAAAAAGGAAACAACGAUGAUAUUAACGUUGUUAACUUUAACAAAGUUGUGAACAAUCAGCCCAUAGUACUAUGCAUCUAUUAUUUAGAUAUGUUUUAGACAAAUGUAAAGGCAUUUUAAACUUUCUUUUCAAAUGUAUGUGAUUUAAAGUGAAUUGUAGACUUGUGCUCAAACUUAGUUCGCUAGAAAAAGUGCUUCUUAUAAUUAUAUUAUGUGUUGAGAUAGUCGAAAAAAAGAUUGGCCGUUUUAUACUAUAUAUAUUAGAAAUAUGUUUCAGUUAAUGAUACUGCACUGAACACGAGUAAAAUAUGAAAAUAAAAUUUAUGUAUGAAAUAUUUUGUGUGUACUGGUAUGUCUUAAUGAAUAUUAAAAUUAUGUCUGCAAUAUAAUUACGUUUUUACAUUAUUAGAAAGUUCAAUGCAAAACUGUUGUAAGUCCUUAUUUAAGGCCAUUCCAACAGUAUUGCGUUGUGCCUUACUAUAUUAGUUAUGCCUUUUGUUGUCAAUUUCGCUUAUAGGUUGUUUAGGUCAAGCAAUUCAUACAUAAAGCAAAAUUUAAAAUUUUCAGUUUUUGACAUAUAUUGAAAAAUGUUUUGCUAAAUUUGUAAUUUGUGGUCUAAUUAAUUUGAGGGUGUUUUUUUAUUUAUUUAUUAAACCCACAGUCUGAAUACAGUCUGAACAAUUUAUGUAUGUAGACAAUUAGUUUGUUUCCAAAGCAAUUUAUUUCCGUUUACACUUACACACUUGCCAAAACUGCAGUCAGACUGUAAAACCAACAUAUACUUAACUAAAAAUGGAGCGGUGUUGAGCAUAUAAGCUUGUCCGUUUUACGAUGAUUUGUUAUAUAGGUUUCCUUCUGUUGGAACUCUUAAAUAAGCUGCAUUUAAGAUGUACUGAAUUUGAAAAUUAAUCACCUAGUCAAUGAUUAUGAAAUAAAUUUGAUGUUCCGUUAUCCUUUGUUUUUUCAACAACAAAUUAAAUGCAAACUUAAUCGAAAGCCUAGCACGAGGCAGACCUUUGGUCAUAAUCAAGCUAAAAUAAUUACUAGUAGUAUAAACAAACUAACUUAAAAAAUACUUUCAAGAUAUUCAAAUGAAACUUGGUACACAUGCUGCAAGAAACAAUACACUCAUGUACAACAAUUCCCAAAAACCUCAGACUUUAAUAAUUGUCGAGUUGUGUCUAUAUUUCAUCUUGAAAGAAAAUGAUACUUGCAGUGGCGUUCACUCCGCGAGGCUCUUAUUAAAUAGAGUUAUGCAUCUUUCUCAGGCUGAGUCCUCAAGAGUCCCUUGAACCAUAAGUAGUGCACCAAUCAUCCUAUUUCAUAAUGUUUAACAUGUUUAUGUGUUCUAGCUUCUGUUCUGUUGUUUAAAUUUGUUGUGCCUUUCGCUUUGGUUUUAUUGUUCGCAUGCUCCAUGUUAUUUUUGUUAACAGUAUAUAUUUGCAGUGAAGGAUUUGACAUAACAUUUUAUGAGUUUAAACAUUGCAGUUUGAAUUCAAAUAUAUUUUCUGUCCUUAUCGGAAAUGAAACAUACCAUGUAAAUUUUUAAAAUUAUCUUAAUGCUAAGUUCAAAACAAACUAGAUCAGCUUUUAAAUUUUAGCCUGAAAUUUACAUUUAAUUUCAUGAAUUUAUCGUUAUUUUGACGAAUUAAUUAAAGUCACUACUUAAAAUUCAGAUUAUUCUGUUCAGCAAGAAUUGGCAGUGGUCAAGUCUUUUGUUUGUUUUUAACUUAGCAUUAUUGUCACCUUCCAUUUGUUCCAUUUACAUAAAGUUGUAGUCAUUCAGCGUUUAUCUGAACAUAUUUGUGCUAUUAAACACAAUAUAUACAUGCAAGUUUCAAUUAUGGCCUGGAAUUAAAUCUAAAAAAAAUAAUUCAUGUCCAAAUAUUUUUUACAAAUCUUUGCAGCAACCUUUUUCUAUCACACAGUUAUCAUUCAUUACAACAAUGGUGCUCUUCCACUUGGUAAAAUAUUAUUUCAAAUUUAUGACCUACAGAAAUUCGAAUGCCAUGUAUUUCUGCUGAAAACAAAAUUUACAAUCAAUAAUUAUUGAUCUGCUGUUUUCUAAAAUCACAGUCCUGGCACUUGUAUUGAUAAAGGUUUUUGCGUUGCACUUCAAUUACCCUUUUUUGCGUCUUUUUAACUAAGAGAUAACCUAGUAUAUACAAGUAAACAAAAUGCCAUCAAAAAAUGUAAUUUAUUAAUUUAUACAUGUAUUUUAUAUGUUAAAGGUUUUAUAUACAUGAAACAUGCUUGUAAGUGUGUACUCUGUACUUGUUAGCAUAUACUUUGAAAUGACCAUUCUAUCAAUACAAAGGAAUAAAAUGUAUAAAAUAUAA